CAUUGCGAGAGGGAAAAUUAAAAAAAAAAAAUAAAAAAGGGACGAAAAAUGAGCUCCGGUUGGAUUCUUCACCAUCUUCUUCUUCUACGGACUUCUCGCAGGUCGCUCUUCUCUUCUACUUUUUGCACCACCCAAAGACUCAUCUCUUUCUUUACCCACAAUUUCAAAACCCGGCAAUUUCAGAAUCCUCAUUAUCAUUCUCCUUCUCGUUUGCGUAGUUUCUCUCGAGAAGGACCCUUCUCUGCUGUAUACCAUUAUCCGUCUUUCUCUUCUCGGCUCUUGAACACCAGCUCUACCCAGAGUAAUGAUCAAGAGAAUGGCACCGAAGAAAACCCACUUCAAUAUGAAACAACUGAAGAGGGAGAAACAGAUGGAUGGGAAGAAGAGGAGGAAGUAGAGCCUCAAGCUGGUGAUGGUGGGGAUGGCGGUGGAGUCGUGUUGCAAGGCGUCCCAUGGGGUGAACAGGUUCUCUCUAUUGCCCGUGAGGUCUUGUUGCAGUUUGCUGAUGACCUGGAACUCUAUGCUUUCAAGACUACUCAUCGAGGAUAUGUUUAUGUGAGACUGGAUAAGCUGUCAAAUGAAUAUGGGUGUCCGAGCAUGGAGGAGCUCGAAAGCUACUGUCAAGAAUACAAGAAAAGAUUGGAGGAAGCUGGAAAACUUGGACAAAUUCCUGAUGAUUUGGCCCUUGAGGUAUCAUCUCCUGGCGCAGAGAGAAUACUAAAGGUACCAGAUGAUUUAUGUCGAUUCAAAGAAAUGCCGAUGAGAGUAUGCUAUGCAGAAGGUGCAGAGUCUAUUGGCCCAGAAAAGGAUGGAAUCUUUUUUCUGGAGUCCAUAGAGACAGAAUCAGAGAACUGUGUAUGGAAGUUGGCAGAUGUGAGAGAAAAUAGGGACCCUGAAAGUAAAGGUAGACCUUUAAGCCGUAAAAGAAGAGAUUGGAGACUAAAAUUGCCAUUCAAAAUGCAUAGACAAAUAACUUUGUAUCUUGAAUUCUGAAAUAUCACUGGCUAAAUUGUGUUUUCUGACCUACGUUUGUUAUUCGUGUUCAAAAGUUCGAUUAUGAAAUGGAAAUAUGCUGUGACAUUAGAGGUA